AUUUCCUGUAUUUUAUAUCGACUUUUGUCAUCGUUUAGUGGUUUUAGGAGUGACAGCGAGAAAACUUGAUUUACACUCGAACUUGUCAACUUUACAGACUUUUUAUCUGAGCAUCACACCCAAGUGAGGUGUGGGCAGUACAAUUUACACCAAGAUGAUCAAAUUAUUCUCACUGAAACAACAGAAAAAGGACGGGGACGGGUCGGUCAAGUCAAGUCAAAAAAGAGCAUCGGCAGCGCAGCUGCGAAUCACAAAAGAUAUAAACGAAUUGAACCUCCCGAAAACAUGUGAAGUAGUGUUUCCCGAUCCUGAUGAUCUUCUCAACUUUAAACUAAUUAUCUGUCCAGACGAGGGCUUCUACAGAAAUGGCAGGUUUGUAUUUAGUUUCAAGGUGGGUCAAGGCUAUCCACAUGAUGCACCGAAAGUGAAAUGUGAAACACAAGUGUAUCAUCCUAAUAUUGAUCUUGAGGGCAAUGUGUGUCUCAAUAUUCUAAGAGAAGACUGGAAACCUGUAUUGACGAUUAAUUCCAUUAUAUAUGGUUUGCAGUAUUUAUUUUUGGAACCCAACCCAGAAGAUCCAUUAAAUAAAGAUGCGGCUGAGGUAUUACAAUCUAACAGGAGGCUGUUUGAACAGAAUGUUAUGAAAUCAAUGCGUGGUGGCUAUGUAGGUUCAACAUACUUCGAAAGGUGUUUAAAAACGUGAAGACAGAAGAAAGAAACAUUUUAUAAACACAGUCAUAACCUGGUUUUCCUUCUCUGCAUAACUUAAUACUUAUACAUGUCUAGACUCUAAUGAAGGCGACAAAUCAACAUUGAUAACAUCCACGUCAAUAUUGUCACUCCAAUUACAGCAUUAAUAUGCUGAUAAAUUUAGCACAGAACCAAUCUUGUAAAUAUUUGGGGGAACACUUGAUGGUAACAGGAGUGGCUCAGUAAAGUCAUUAAAAUGUUGCGCUGUAUUCAUAAGAGUCUUGACCUGUUGCUAUACCCACUUUGUUAAUACUAAUAAGUACAUAAUUUUCUUUGUCAUGACUCGAAGUAAGAAUUAGACACUAAACUAACCAGUAAAAUCAAUAAACAUAUAUGUAAAUUAUGUAUGAAUUGUGGGAUGGAAGACCAAUACUAUUUUAUAGCAUGUAUAUUCCGACUCGCUAUCACACAUGACAUGCAAAUUCUUUAGUACUGUGGAAUACUUUAUUUUCGCUGGAAUUAAUUUUCGCUGAAAAGGCUUUUUGGGCGUUUUGUAUGGAAUUUAUUUUCACUGAUUUUUGAUGAGUUUAAUGUGAAAUAUAGGAAAAAAAGUAUAUUCACUGGAUUUUAUUUUCACGGAAUAAUCCCUUCAGCGAAAAUGGCGAAAAUAAAUUCCAAGCGAAAAUAAAGUAUUCUACAGUAUUUCUCUUAACUCUUUGGGAACCAUACAAAAUUUUUUUUAAUAAUAAGGAUGUUUACAAUUUGUUCAGUCCC